AUGCUGCAGAGUCUACAAGCGCAGAUUCCGGGGCUGGCUUUGUGGCUAGUCAUUACCAUACCAUGCCUCGUCGUUGUGCUUGGGAUUAUCGAGCGACUGGUUGUCAAUUACCGGCUGAGCAAAGUCGAUGGAGUCAGAGCCUCCAUCCUCGCUUGGAACCCAGUCACCUCAUUUUACCACUUCUUCAAGGCAGGUUACAUGCAUGCCAACAACCGAAUGCUCGAGAAUUUCUUUAGCAUGUUCAAAGAUGCAGACCCGAGAUGCCCCCACGCCGUCGAAAUGACCAUUUUUGGCCGCCGAUCCAUAUUGACCGUUGAUCCCGAGCAUAUCAAAGCGCUUCUCACGACAAACUUUACGCAAUUUGGCAAGGGUGAGAUGUUCCACAGGACAUGGAAACCAUUCCUAGGCGAUAGUAUCUUUACGACAGAUGGGCAGAUGUGGCAGCAGAGCCGGAAUCUGAUCCGGCCAAUGUUUAUAAAGCAGAAGAUUAGGGAUCUGGACAUUCUUGAAAGAUGGAAUGACGUGCUGAUUUCAAAGCUGCCACCCUCGGGACAGACGGUCGAUAUUUGUGACUUGUUCUAUCGUAUGACGCUGGAUGCCAUAACAGACUACCUGCUAGGUCACAGUGUCGAUAGCCUGGACAACCCAAAUGGUGAAUUUACAACCGCUUUUACAAAGGUCCAACGAACUCAGAUGCUUCUCGCAAUCCUCGCACCCCUCAAACGCUUCAUCCCCAAGGGCGAGUACAUAAAGGGCAUCAAGAUCCUCGAAGCGUUUAUACAGCCCUUUAUCGAGGCAACCUUAGCCCUCACACCAGAGGAGCUGGAGUCGAUAUCCAAGUCGGACAAGGAAUUCACUUUUCUGCACAACAUGGCCCUCUUUUCACGAGAUCCAAAAGUUAUUCGCGACCAGAUCAUGGCAGUGUUGUUGGCGGGGCGAGACACAACGGCAGCGACUCUGUCUUGGACACUCUAUGAACUAUCCAACUACCCUAAGAUCUGGAGCAGACUACGAAGCCGCGUUCUUGAGACUGUCGGACCGGAUGCAGCACCAACGUACGAAGAUCUUAAGGAUCUAACGUGUCUUACUCAUGCGUUGUACGAGACCCUGAGACUCUAUCCUGCAGUCCCCUUCAACGUCAGGUCAUGCCUUGAAGACUCGACCUUGCCAGGCAAGCCAGGCCAACCAGACAUUGCAACCCUCAAAGGCGACCACAUCCUCUACAGCACCCUCGCCAUGCAGCGCAUCAAAGAUUUCUAUCCUCCGGUGUCCGAAAAGUUUGCCGAUCCGGAUAUUUACAGCCCCGAGCGAUGGGAACACUGGACGCCCAAGCCAUGGCAGUUUAUUCCCUUUAACGGCGGGCCUCGAAUCUGCAUUGGGCAGAAUUUCGCCAUGACGGAGAUGGCUUUCACAUUGGUUCGUCUUCUGCAGCGAUACGAAAGAAUCGAGUAUAGGGGAGACUGGGCAGCGCAGUAUCUUAAGGCAGAUAUUGUAGGCUGUCCGGGACAAGGAGUGCCGAUUGCGCUGUAUGAAGCGAAGCAGCGGUAUUAA